UCUCUCCUUCUAGGGUGAAGGUUCAUUGCGGUGACUCUUUCACGUUAGCCGUCUACUACUGUGUAGUAAAACGUUUCAGCUACAAUGUCUGGCCGUGUUCUCGUCGGAGUAAAGCGUGUCAUUGACUACGCCGUUAAGAUUCGUGUGAAGCCGGACAACACCAACGUGGUGACGGAUGGUGUUAAGCACUCAAUGAACCCCUUCUGCGAGAUCGCUGUGGAGGAGGCGGUCAAGCUGAAGGAGAAGAAGCUUAUUAAGGAGGUUGUGGCUGUCAGCUGUGGGCCACAGCAAGCACAGGAGACUAUCCGCACUGCCCUUGCUAUGGGAGCAGACCGUGGCAUUCAUGUGGAAGUGGCUGGGAAAGACUAUGACACCCUGGGACCCCUGCAGGUCUCCAAGAUCAUGGCUGCUUUGGCCAAGAAGGAGGACGCUCAACUGGUCAUCCUUGGCAAACAGGCCAUCGAUGAUGACUGCAAUCAGACAGGUCAGAUGACAGCAGCCCUACUGGACUGGCCCCAAGGUACCUUUGCAUCAGAGGUCUCAUUGGAAGGAGACAUGAUUAAAGUGGUGAGAGAGAUUGAUGGCGGCCUGGAAACUAUUAAGAUCAAAACACCAGCAGUGGUAACCGCAGACCUCCGACUCAACACCCCCAGAUACGCCACCCUGCCUAAUAUCAUGAAAGCCAAGAAGAAGAAGAUAGCUAACAUGAAGCCUGCAGACUUAGGUGUGGACCUCACAUCACGGUUGGAGGUUUUGAGAGUCGAUGAGCCCCCGCAGAGACAGGCGGGGAUGAAGGUGGAGACGGUGGACGACCUGGUGGGCAAGCUGAAGGAGGCAGGGAGGGUAUAGAGGCUUUAGGAGCAUAAGCAGGGGAGCGCAGAGCACAGCAGAUGGGACUCUCUAAUGAAUAACUGGACUGUAUUACAUAUGCGAGCCCCGAGGACGAGCUUAUGUAUCGGUCUAAUCCCUCUGUUUGAGGCCGCGACUCCUCAGGAUAUGCAGGGAGGUACCAACAGGAGAGGAGGAGUACUGAGAAACACUGUCCUGCAGCAGACCCAGACUACCCCAUGAGGAUCAUCUUGUCUUUUGUGUGCAUUUUAACUUACAUGGAUGGUUCAUCUGUAUCACAGGCUGCUAAUCUAACUUUAGACAAGUAGCCUUUAUGCAAUAAUUUAAACCCAGCUUCCUGUCAUUCAUGCUGCUGUUUAAUUUGCCCCGCACAUAAGCGCCACCAGUGCGAUGCACGUUAGCAACAGUAGCUCGGCUCAGCUGUUCAAUCUUGUACGUCUGUUGUCGCACAUGUUGAGAGGUGCAGUUAUUGUAAAUGAUAUUAUGUAAAUAUGGACCCGAACAUGUUGAGAUGAUUAUAUCCUUCAAGAUUAGUGUCAAGUCUGCUGGUUAUUUGUGUAGUUUGUGUGAUUUUAACUGGGUUUCGGGACUGCCUAGACGGUGUCUCUCAGUAUGAGAAAGGAGAGAAUUUUACCGCAAGCGCCUCAGUUCACUGUUGAUUGUACAGAACAUUACCAUGACAAUAAAGCAGCCAGUCUUUUUCAUAUCUAAAUACACCUGUGACUGUUC